CGAGGGAAGCAGUGGAGGGUGGAAGGGAAGGCUGGAGUCAUGGAGCAGAGGCCAAGCGUGAGGCCGUCACGCAAAGACUCAUCUCUAACGAGCCGCUCCCAUAGGGGCUCAUGUCUCUGCGGGGGCCCCGCAGAGCCCGCUGGUGAGACCUGGGCGUCAGGCCCCCGCUGUGAACUCUCGCUGAGCUGGCCCGCGGCUCCUGCAUCUGAGACGAGAUGGGAAAUAAUGGAGCCUGGCUCAUUCUGCAACCCCGUCUCCCUCCGCUAGUGGCUCCCACGCCCGGUUCCGGCUGGCUCCGCCCUCCGCCUCCUCGGCUGCCAGGGGGCGGACCUCCCCGCCGGCUCCUCCUAGAUUGGCGGGGAGGACUCACCAAUGGGGAGCUCGCGGAGGCGGGCCCAGAGCGCCCCCUGCUCGAGGAAGACGGGCGGAUUCCAGGUUGGCGGCGGCCUCGGCUUCGCGUGGGGGAGGGGCGGCAGGUGUUUCUCAUCGGAUCUCUGAAUACCCAGGCCGCUUCCACCAUGGCCAGCCGGGGCCGGGGUCGGGGCCGCGGCCAGUUGACCUUCAACAUGGAGGCCGUGGGCAUUGGGAAGGGGGAUGCUCUGCCCCCACCCACCCUGCAGCCUUCACCACUCUUCCCGCCCCUGGAGUUCCGCCCUGUGCCUCUGCCCUCAGGAGAGGAAGGGGAGUAUGUCCUGGCACUGAAGCAGGAGCUGCGAGGGGCCAUGAGGCAGCUGCCCUACUUCAUCCGGCCAGCGGUCCCCAAGAGAGAUGUGGAGCGCUACUCAGACAAAUAUCAGAUGUCCGGGCCGAUUGACAGUGCCAUCGACUGGAACCCUGAUUGGCGACGUCUACCCCGGGAGCUAAGGAUCCGAGUGCGGAAGCUACAGAAGGAGCGGACCACCAUUCUACUUCCCAAGAGACCCCCCAAGACCACAGAAGAUAAAGAGGAAACAAUACAGAAACUAGAGACUCUGGAGAAGAAGGAGGAAGAAGUAACUUCAGAGGAAGACGAGGAGAAAGAAGAAGAAGAGAAGGAAGAGGAAGAAGAGGAGGAGUAUGAUGAAGAAGAACAUGAAGAGGAAACGGAUUACAUCAUGUCAUAUUUCGACAAUGGAGAGGACUUUGGGGUUGACAGUGAUGACAAUAUGGAUGAAGCUAUCUACUGAAUAAGGACCCUAAACAGCACCCUGGACCUUCGUACCUUUCUGAUGUACGACACAGAGAGGCACUGUGCCUAUUACUUGGUUUUGUGGACAAGGAGAUCUUUCGCUCAGUGUCCAGAUAACCCAGCGGUU